UUCUCUCUCGUCUUCUAAGUUCGAUCUUCUACUUCCCCAACCUCCUUGAGCACAUACCUGUUGUUUAAUCAAGAAGCAUAUAUAGAAUGGCUGCUUCAGCUUCCAUGCAAUCGAUAUUCCUAGCAAACUCCAUCGCUUAUGGAGCUGCCAAAAGGAGCUCAGUCAGAGGAAACCAACUUGUACCAACUCUUCACAGGUACCCUAAUAUGAGGGUGCGCUCCAUGGCUGAGGGUGAUCUUCCUGAGGAGAAGCCAUCUGCAAUUUCAGAACCAUCAAAGAUCCCACCAGCAGCACCAACACCUACACCUUUCCCACCACCAUCCAGGACUCCCAAAGUUAGCACCAAGUUCGGGGAUGUUUUCGCCUUCAGUGGUCCAGCACCGGAAAGAAUCAACGGCAGACUCGCAAUGGUUGGCUUUGUUUCAGCUCUUGCAGUUGAAUUGUUAAAGGGUCAGGAUGUGUUUUCUCAGAUCUCCGAUGGUGGAGUUUCAGUGUUUCUUGGCACUAGCAUUUUGCUAUCCGUUGCAUCCGUGAUUCCUCUAUUUCAAGGAGUCAGUGUGGAGUCGAAAUCAAAGGGGCUCAUGACCUCAGAUGCUGAGUUGUGGAAUGGAAGAUUGGCCAUGUUGGGUUUGGUGGCUUUGGCUUUCACUGAGUAUGUCAAGGGUGGAACCCUAAUUUGAUUGGGUCACAUAUAAUGCAAUUGGCCGGAGUUUAACUUGCUAGAUAGCGUUCAAACUCGAUACAUUGUAAAAGUAGGAUUUUCCAAUUUCUAUUAAUCACUUAGAGAAAUUAUUAUAAUCAGUUAUGGUGUUAUACUAUUUGCGGAUUAAAAUGUAUAAUUUGUUAAUUUGG